GGAGAGCCAAUCACGUUCAGCGAGGAGAUCUUCGUGACCCACCGCUCCAGUGCCAUGAGACAGUUCCUGCAGAACGCCAUCCAGCUACAGCUCUUCAAACAGGUACACACACACACACACACACACACACACACACACACACACACACACACACACACACACACACACACACACACACACACACACACACAUAACAGGCACCCCAUUUAUCAUUGGAAUAAACCUUAAUCUAUUUCUGUAGUUCAUCGAUGGCCGCUUGGACCUGCUGAACGCUGGUGAGGGCUUCAGUGAUAUUUUCGAGGAUGAGAUCAACAUGGGAGAGUAUGCAGGUGCGAAUACAAUCAUAUCAAACAUUUUUACUAGGUCUCAAAGCACCUGACUUGAUCUUUGGUUGGGGACCGGCAGACAUUUCAAGCCUACUGCUAUACAGGUUAGUAAUGGGACUUGGGUUAGGACCAUUGACUCCUCCACUGCUAUAGACGUUAGUAAUAGGAAAUGGGUUAGGACCAUUGACACCUCCACUGCUAUACAGGUUAGUAAUGGGACUUGGGUUAGGACCAUUGACACCUCCACUGCUAUACAGGUUAGUAAUGGGACUUGGGUUAGGACCAUUGACACCUCCACUGCUAGAGACGUUAGUAAUGGGACUUGGGUUAGGACCAUUGACACCUCCACUGCUAUACAGGUUAGUAAUGGGACUUGGGUUAGGACCUUUGACACCUCCACUGCUAUAGACGUUACUAAUGGGACUUGGGUUAGGACCAUUGACUCCUCCACUGCUAUAGACGUUAGUAAUGGGACUUGGGUUAGGACCAUUGACUCCUCCACUGCUAGAGACGUUAGUAAUGGGACUUGGGUUAGGACCAUUGACACCUCCACUGCUAUAGACGUUAGUAAUGGGACUUGGGUUAGGACCAUUGACUCCUCCACUGCUAUAGACGUUAGUAAUGGGACUUGGGUUAGGACCAUUGACUCCUCCACUGCUAGAGACGUUAGUAAUGGGACUUGGGUUAGGACCAUUGACACCUCCACUGCUAUAGACGUUAGUAAUGGGACUUGGGUUAGGACCAUUGACACCUCCACUGCUAUACAGGUUAGUAAUGGGACUUGGGUUAGGACCAUUGACACCUCCACUGCUAUAGACGUUAGUAAUGAGACUUGGGUUAGGACCAUUGACACCUCCACUGCUAUACAGGUUAGUAAUGGGACUUGGGUUAGGACCAUUGACUCCUCCACUGCUAUACAGGUUAGUAAUGGGACUUGGGUUAGGACCUUUGACACCUCCACUGCUAUAGACGUUAGUAAUGGGACUUGGGUUAGGACCAUUGACUCCUCCACUGCUAUAGACGUUAGUAAUGGGACUUGGGUUAGGACCAUUGACACCUCCACUGCUAUAGACGUUAGUAAUGGGACUUGGGUUAGGACCAUUGACACCUCCACUGCUAUACAGGUUAGUAAUGGGACUUGGGUUAGGACCAUUGACUCCUCCACUGCUAUACAGGUUAGUAAUGGGACUUGAGUUAGGACCAUUGACUCCUCCACUGCUAUACAGGUUAGUAAUGGGACUUGGGUUAGGACCAUUGACACCUCCACUGCUAUAGACGUUACUAAUGGAACUUGGGUUAGGACCAUUGACACCUCCACUGCUAUAGACGUUAGUAAUGGGACUUGGGUUAGGACCAUUGACACCUCCACUGCUAUACAGGUUAGUAAUGGGACUUGGGUUAGGACCAUUGACUCCUCCACUGCUAUAGACGUUAGUAAUGGGAGGGGGUUCCCAAACCUUUUGCUUUGUGACCAACCAAUUGAGGUGUCUGUUGAGUCGUAACCCACCAUAAGGGUUGAGCAGUGAAAAAAACAGUCCCGACCCACAGUUUGGGAACCACUGCUCUAUAGAAUGUCCACUGUGUUAAGACGUUGACCUUUCACCCCUGUGACCUCACCUCUGUUAACUCCACAGGCAGUGACAAGAACUACCACCAGUGGCUAUUCACAGUAAAGGUAGGUCCUACAUUUCAACCGAUAAAAGUGCCCAUAUUUAACACAGUCACAUUUAGUAAAUAAACAGUUGAUUUCUCGCAUGCUAAGAGAGAAAGUUUAGUGCCAUUUUUUUAUGUCAGAAAACAAUGCCAACAUUUCUAUGACUGUUGCCAUGUAAUUGUCAGAUGUGCAAUGGUUUUGUCUCCAACAGAAAGGGGGCGGUGCUAUCUUUAACACAGUGAGGACCAAGGCUAAUCCGGCCAUGAAAACAGUCUAUAAAUUUGUAAGUCCCUCUAUCAUGACUAUUACACCAUAACACUCCCAAAAUGUUUCACUGUUAACUGUCACCAUAUUGAUGCCACUUUAAAGGGGAAAUCUGCAGUUCAAACAAUAGCAAAUUGGUUUUGGUAAACAGCUUAGGGAUGUGGCUGGAGAAAUGUAACCACUCUCAAAUUCAUAGACAACUCUGGAUGAAAGGACUGACCAUCCAUGAUAUAAAAAUUCUAGUUUUAACCAUAUUUUGAAGCUAUACAGGAUUUGUUUACAAUUACAUUGUUUACAAACAGUGGGGUAAAAUAAGCUUAUAUAUUGGGUUCUGAUGGAGUGCAAGAGUUGAACUAAGCUCAUGAGGCAUUUAUAAGUUAUUUUCUUCAAGAAUCAAUGGGUAUAUACACUCACCGGCUAGAUUAUUAGGUACACCCAUCUAGUACCGGGUCGGACCCCCCUUUGCCUUUGAACAGCCUAAAUUCUUCGGGGAAUGGAUUCUUCAAGGUGUCGGAAACGUUCGUUGCUCAAUUGGUAUCAAGGGACCUAACGUGCCUGGAAUACCUUCCCCACAUCAUUACACCUCCACCAGCCUGUACCAUUGACACCAGGCAGGAUAGGUUCAUGGAUUUAUGCUGCUUAUCCCUCAAUGUGAGCAAGAGAAAGGAGCUGAUCGUGGACUACAGGAAAAGGCUGGCCGAACAGGCCCCCAUUAACAUCGACGUGGCUGUAGUGGAGUGGGUCCAGAGUUUCAAGUUCCUUGGUGUCCACAUCACCCACGAACUAUCAUGGUCCAAAUACACCAAGACAAUCGUGACGAGGGCACGACAACACCUUUUCCCCCUCAGGAGACUGAAAAGAUUUGGCAUGGGUCCCCAGAUCCUCAAAAAGUUCUGCAGCUGCACCAUCGAGAGCAUCCUGACCGGUUGCAUCACCGCCUGGUAUGGUGUACCUAAUAAACUGUCCGGUGAGUGUAUAUACAGUGCAUUCGGAAACUAUUCAGACCCCUUCCCUUUUUCCACGUUUUGUUACGUUACAGCUUUAUUCUAAAAUUGAUACAAUUAUUUUUUGUCCUCAUCAAUCUACACACAAUACCCCAUAAUGACAAAUCAAAAACAGGUUUUUAGAAUUUUUUGCUAAUUUAUUCAACAUAAAAAACAGAAAUACCUUAUUUACGUAAGUAUUCAGACCCUUUGCUAUGAGACUCGAAAUUGAGCUCAGGUGCAUCCUGUUUUCCAUUAAUCAUCCUUGAGAUGUUUGUACAACUUGAAUGGAGUCCACCUGUGGUAAAUUCAAUUGAUUGGACAUGAUUUGGAAAGGCACACACCUGUCUAUAUAAGGUCCCACAGUCGGCAGUGCAUGUCAUAGCAAAAACCAAGCCAUGAGGUCGAAGGAAAUGUCCGUAGAGCUCCGAGACAGGAUUGUGUCGAGGCACAGAUCUGGGGAAGGGUACCAAAAAAUGUCUGCAGCAUUGAAGGUCCCCAAAAACACAGUGGCCUCCAUCAUUCUUAAAUUGAAGAAGUUUGGAACCAUCAAGACUCUUCCUAGAGCUGGCCGCCCAGCCAAACUGAGCAAUCGGGGGAGAAGGGCCUUGGUCAGGGUGGUGACUAAGAACCCGAUGGUCACUCUGACAGAGCUCCAGAGUUCCUCUGUGGAGAUAGGAGAACCUUCCAGAAGGACAACCAUCUCUGCAGCACUCCACCAAUCAGGACUUUAUGGUAGAGUGGCCAGACGGAAGCCACUCCUCAGUAAAAGGCACAUGACAGCCCACUUGGAGUUUGCCAAAAGGCACCUAAAGGACUCUCAGACCAUAAGAAACAAGAUUCUCUGGUCUGAUGAAACCAAGAUUGAACUCUUUGGCCUAAAUGCCAAGCGUCAUGUCUGUAGGAAACCUGGCACCAACCCUACGAUGAAGCAUGCUGGUGGCAGCAUCAUGCUGUGGGGAUGUUUUUCAGCGGCAGGGACUGGGAGACUAGUCAGGAUCGAGGGAAAGGUGAUGCAACCUGCUGCAGAGCGCUCAGGACCUCAGACUGGGGCGAAGGUUCACCUUCCAACAGGACAACGACUCUAAGCACACAGCCAAGACAACGCAGGAGUGGCUUCGGGGCAAGUCUCUGAAUGUCCUUGAGUGGCCGAGCCAGACCCCGGACUUGAACUAGAUCUGCAGAGAAGAAUAGGAGAAACUCCGCAAAUACAGGUGUGCCAAGCUUGUAGCGUCAUACCCAAGAAGACUCGAGGCUAUAAUCACUGCCAAAGUUGCUUCAACAAAGGACUGAGUAAAGGGUCUGAAUACUUAUGUAAAUGUUAUAUUUCAAUUUUUUAUUUUAAAUUUAAAUUAAUAAAAACCUGUUUUUGCUUUGUCAUUAUGGGGUAUUGUGUGUAAAUUUAUGGGGGGGGGGCUGUAAUGUAACAAAGUGUGGGAAAACUCAAGGGUUCUGAAUACUUUCCGAAUGCACUGUAUGUCAUGAAUUUAUAAGUCCAAAAAUUGAUGUAGCAACUGCUGAGUGCCCCUUUAAAGGUAGAAUGGAAGAUGACUCCUGACUUAGACAUCAGAAACAACAUCUGCUAAAUAACCCCUUGUGUGUUUUCCCUCCAAAGGCUAAAGAUCAUGCCAGGAUGGGGAUAAAGGAGGUCAAGAGCCGGCUAAAACAAAAGGUACCUAGUUCUCUGUGUUCAGCGUUUGGAUUUUGUUAACUUUGAUCAACGUAUAAAUUGACAUUUGUCUUUGGUCCAAAGCACCGGCUGAAGAACAACUUCACAGAACACAACUGACACACACACACACGUGCACAUGCAGACAUGUAUGCAAACACACACACACACACACAUGCGCUGCCACUCAUUGGGCGACAGAAUUCAUUCACUGACGGUUUUUCCUCUCCCAUACCUGGCUGUCACUCACUCUUGCCUCCGCUGUGUGUUCACCUCUCCAACCUGACCCUCUGUUGACCUCUCACCUCUCCAACCUGACUCUCUGUUGACCUCUCACCUCUCCAACCUGACCCUCUGUUGACCUCUCACCUCUCCAACCUGACCCUCUGUUGACCUCUCACCUCUCCAACCUGACCCUCUGUUGACCUCUCACCUCUCCAACCUGACCCUCUGUUGACCUCUCACCUCUCCAACCUGACCCUCUGUUGACCUCUCGCCUGUCCAACCUGACACUCUGUUGACCUCUUACCUCUCCAACCUGACCCUCUGGUGACCUCUCACCACUCCAACUUGACCCUCUGGUGACUUCACCUCUCCAAACCCCCCCCAACUAUAGCCCUGUAGGGCCUCCUCCCUCGACCUCCCACUCCCCCUCUCCCUGCAUGGAGACCAUCACCACCACUACCCCCUCCAUCCACGCCAACCUCCUCCGUCUUCUUGUACCCCUCUCCAGGAGCUAGCAGAGAACGGCUACUCCUCGACAGCAGGCACUGGUGGCACAGGAACGGGAACCGGGGAGGAGGGCACUACUGCCGAGUCGCCUACCUCCGCAGAUGGAAAGGACGGCAGCGCCCGCACCUGGGACGAACGGCGGCCCAUCACU